AAGAAACUGACAACGGGUGAUUUCCUUUUUUAGCAUCCGUUCCUGUGCGAUUACGAUCCCGAGCCACUCUUCCCUGCGAACCGCGUUGAGCGCGAGCCGACGCCCAUGUCCGAAGAAGAAGAAGAAAGGGAAGACGAACUACUGGCGCAUGAAGACAUGUACAACGAAAAGAUGUCUGUCGACGAGGACGAAAACAUGGACGACGAUGCAGCGAUGGUUACGGCGCUUCAAAAACUGCGGGCCCUGGAAACGCUGCAUGACAUUGAUAUUGGCCUUUCGGAUGUCACCAACAAUAAACAGGCUACCGAGCAGCAACAACCACUUUCUGCAUCACCUAUCGCUGCUACUGUUGCUGCUGCUUCUGCAACAACUGCAACAGAUGACACGGGCAUGAACGAUGCUGCCGCCGAUAACCCUCCAUCAAAGACACCGUCUCUUCAGCGAGAUUCGCCCGAUGCAGCAGAUGAUGCAGCGUCUGCUGCUGGAUCUGCAGCAACUGCGGACACUCAAGCGAUACGUCAACAACAAAAGCACCGGCCAAUCGUAUCCGAUAUUCGUCGCUGCCGAUUACCGCUUCGCGCAUUCAAGCUUUCUCAAGAGGAAGCCGCAACAGCAUCGGCACAAGAGAAGGUGCUUAACGUAGUUCGAAAACGGCAAUCGAUAUCGGACGCACACUGGGGCCAAGGCUCACGGCUGCCGAUGUUCAAAGCCAUGACGCUGCCGCCACCGCCCAAAGCUACCUCGACGGAAAAGAAGCUCCGGAGAGCUAAAUCAGUGCGAUUGCCCAAAGAAACGCCACACUCACAACUCCCACCGCCGGGUUCCGAUAACAAGCCUAUACGGAAACCAUUGGUUCGAAGCAACACGACGCCAUCAUCGCAAAGCAGCAGUUUGCUACUUUACAAAAAGAAAACAACCAGCUCGGAAAACAAAAAGAAACUCCCGAAAAAGCCAAACAGUAAUAAAACCAAAAACGAAAACGAGUCGCCAUCGUCGUCCACAGGAAGCAACGUAUCCAACAAAAGCAACAAGUCCUCGCCUACAUCGCCAUCUUCGUCUGCGAAAAAACGAUCAACAGCCGCUGCGCGUCCUAAGGUGCUGUUGUCAUACGGUGGACGCAAAGUAGAGGAUGAAGAGCCGCCCACGAAACGACUCUCCAUGUUCCGACGCAAGUGUCCACCAGGUGAAUCACGAACGGCACGGUUAAUGAUGGGGAUCAGCACAACAGGCCGUCGGCACGCUUCGACCCGAGAACCGCAAGAAACUGGGGCCACUAGCGAGGAUAAAGAUGGACGGCGGCCGGGACGUUUGCUUCGAUUCGCAUACCAGGACGGUCAUAACAGCAAGAAGCGACCCGUAUCUGUCGGCAGUAGCAAGAUACAAAGCGAAUCCAAGAAGCUUCAGCCGGAAUCGCCACAUUCAAUUAGCACUUCCGAUAUCAAGUCGUCGCGAAGGCAGUCUGUGCCGUCUGCAUUCAUCAGUAAUAGUCGGAAAGCUUCAAUUGACAAACAACAACAACAGCAGCAGCAGCAGCAGCAGCAGCAGCAGCCGGUCGUUGCCAAAAGCAACCGGAGUGCUGCGUUAGGCGCCAAAGUAGUCCGAGUACACUAAAUCUGUUUUCUAUUUCUCUUAUUUUUUCUUAUAAGCAUGCAUGUCUCUAUUCCCAAUCAAUCAACCAACUCACACUUUGAGCAUAUUAUUGUAGCAGGUCUUAUACCGCAAUCACAUACGCACAACUGACUUAUAACGACCCCACUUCACCCCACAAUUACUACCUCUUGUUUCUUAAUACGCUCUCGCCCGUUAUCAUUAUUCAUUAUCAUUAUCACUCUUUUAUUUAUUAUUCUUCCUAUUAUAUCCAUAAGCUUAC